AUGAAGAUACAGUGUCUCUUUGGGGGUGGGAAAGAGGGGGCUCCCAAUGGUCGGUGUGUGGCGGUGGGGAGGGCAGGGAAGGCAGCCGCCCCUUCUAUAUGGGGCAAGGAGGAAGGCUUCCCAAGAGCCUUGGGUGGGGAGAUCUCCAAGCCAGGCCGCUUCCCUUUCCCAUGGAGCAGCCUCUUCCUGGAGCCGUGGGGGCAGCGAGGGAGCCCCGCGACGGAGCUUGGCGGGACGGAGGAAACUUUUGAGUGGAUGAAAGUGAGAAGGAACCCGCCCCGAAGCGCAGUGAAACUGCAGGGCAGCACACUGGAAGUAACCUCACCAUCGUCUCCCAGAACCAGCUUCACCACCAAGCAGUUGACAGAGAUGGAGAAGGAAUUCCACUUCAGCAAAUACCUGAGCCGAACCCGUCGGGUGGAGAUUGCUUCAGCCUUAGGCCUCAAGGAGAUCCAGGUAAAGGUCUGGUUCCAGAACCGCCGAAUGAAGCAGAAGAAAAUGGAAAGGGAAGGCGCUCUGUGGGGAACUGUAGUUGGCUGCCACCCACAGGAUUCCUCCUCUUCAACAAAACCAGACCUUGCUUCAAUAUCUUCCUCACCUAGCAGGGACGUUGGGGACCUCACUAUACUUUGACUGAAAUAAAAUGAAAAGAUGUUCCUCAAGAC